AUGAAUUUUAAGAAUGCUUAUGAUUAUUUGUUGAAUUUUUAAUCUCAAACAAGUAGAAACACAUCAAGAAUAACUAAAAGUGAGGAUAGUUAAUUUUUGUCUAGCUAAAAAUCAUGUUUAUAAACUAGUGAAUAAAAAUAUAGAGUGGAUAAUUCAAAAUAAAAUAAUAGAAAUCUAUUUGAAUCAAAAAGUGAUGUAAAAAUUAAUCUUGGUGAAAAUCCUUUUGAUUUAGCUACUUCAAUUAAUUAUUAAAAUUUAUAGCAAUCUAAACAAAAUUAUGUAAAUCAACAAGGAUUAUAAUUAUUAUAAGAAUCAAAUAGAAUGAAUGAUAUAUAUGAAAUUAAAAUUAGAACCAAUGGACCUAUUAAAGAGGAUAUCUUGAGUUUUUUAUAAUUAUUAGGAUAAGUAGAAAUUCGUAAAAUUGAAAAUAAUUAAGAUAAAGAUUUUUGUUAUAGAUAAAGCAAAAGUUUUCAUACCUAACAUUGA